GGGCGGGGCGGGGCGGAGGCUGCAGCCGGGCUGACCCUAGCCCGCCGGGCCCAGAGCAGCUGACCAGCCAUGGAGCAGCGCGGGUGGGGGCUGCCGAGGCUGUUGGGGCUGCUGGCGCUGCUGGCCGUGCAGGUCCCCCGCUCUUCCGCGUCUUCCUACAUGGGGCUGUGGCCCCUGCCACUGUCGGUGGAGAUGUCCCCGCGCCUGCUGCGCCUGUCUCCCGAGAACUUCCACAUCGGCCACGACUCCUCCUCCACGGCCGGCCCCUCCUGCACCAUCCUGCAGGAAGCAUUUCGGCGAUAUUAUGACUAUAUUUUUGGUUUCUACAAGUGGCAUCGUGGCCCUGACAAGUCUCACGCUGCACCGGAGUUAGAGCAGCUUCUCGUCUCGGUUGUCCUCGACUCGCAGUGUAACGCCUUCCCCAAUGUCUCUUCAGACGAGUCCUAUAGUUUGCUUGUGAAAGGACCAGUGGCUAUCCUCAAGGCUAACAGAGUUUGGGGAGUAUUACGAGGUUUAGAGACCUUUAGCCAGUUAAUUUACCAAGAUUCUUACGGGACUUUUACCAUCAAUGAAUCCAAGAUUGUUGAUUCUCCAAGGUUUCCUCAUAGAGGAAUUUUAAUUGAUACAGCCCGACACUAUCUGCCAGUAAAGACUAUCCUUAAAACUCUGGAUGCCAUGGCUUUUAACAAGUUUAAUGUUCUUCACUGGCACAUAGUUGACGACCAGUCUUUCCCUUAUCAGAGCAUCGCCUUCCCCCAGUUAAGUAAUAAAGGAAGCUAUUCCUUGUCUCAUGUUUAUACACCCAAUGAUGUCCGUAUAGUGAUCGAAUAUGCCCGACUACGAGGGAUUCGAGUCAUACCAGAAUUUGAUACCCCUGGCCACGCACAGUCUUGGGGGAAAGGUCAGAAGGAUCUUCUGACUCCAUGUUACCAUGGACAUACGCAGUCUGGGACUUUUGGACCUAUAAACCCUAUUCUCAAUACAACUUACAGUUUCCUGUCUAAAUUUUUCAAUGAAAUUAGUACAGUGUUUCCAGAUCAUUUCAUUCAUUUGGGAGGAGAUGAAGUGGAAUUUCAAUGUUGGGAGUCCAAUCCAGACAUCCAAAAGUUCAUGCAGCAAAAAGGGUUUGGCACAGAUUUUAAAAAACUAGAAGUUUUCUAUAUUCAAAAGCUUUUUAAUAUCAUUUCAACCGUAAACAAGGGAUCCAUAGUGUGGCAAGAAGUUUUUGAUAACAACAUGAAGCUCCAGCCGGGCGUAGUAGUUCAAGUGUGGAAAUACGGGGACUAUGCUAAGGAACAAAGCAGAGUCACAGCAGAAGGCUUCCCUGUGCUCCUUUCUGCCCCAUGGUACUUGGAUUACAUUAGUUACGGACAAGACUGGGUGAAGUACUAUAACGUGGAACCUCUUGAUUUUGAUGGUACUUCAAAACAGAAAACACUUGUCAUUGGUGGAGAAGCUUGUCUAUGGGGAGAAUAUGUGGAUGCAACUAACCUCACUCCAAGAUUAUGGCCUCGGGCAAGUGCUGUUGGUGAGAGACUCUGGAGUCGUCAAGAUGUCAGAAGCUCACAGGAUGCCUACAGGAGACUAACAGUUCACCGCUGCAGAAUGGUCAGACGCGGAGUAGCAGCAGAACCUCUUUUUACUGGAUAUUGUAACCAUGAGGACAGAGUGUAAAAGCGAGCCGAAACAAAGAAGAAAAACGGGAGGGGAAAAAAGCCCGCGGCAAUCUGUACUACAGUCAACUUGAUUUUGAAAUCAUGUAAAGUAAGAUUUGGUAUAUAAAUAAAAUCUUUUUAUUGAUUGAAA